UCUGACAUCAAGGAUUAGAUUGCAGCUCCCCAGUUGAUAAUGUCUGCGUUUGUUCCCGUUAACCCAAAGCCAUUCCUCAACGAAUUGACCGGAAAGCCAGUAAUGGUCAAACUGAAGUGGGGAGGAGAAUACAAGGGUUACCUCGUCUCAGUUGAUUCAUACAUGAACCUCCAGCUCGCAAACACUGAGGAAUUCGAGGAUGGUGUUUCAACAGGAACUUUGGGCGAAGUCCUCAUUAGAUGCAACAAUGUGUUAUAUAUACGAGGUGUAGACGAAGAUACGGAGAUGUGAAGUGGAAGCGCAAACACCAAUAUUUGAAUCAGGCUACUUGUUGUACAUACGAUCCUC